AUGUUCUAUUCGGAGGCUAUAUUAUCUAAAAAGGGCCCAUUAGCCAAAGUAUGGCUAGCCGCACACUGGGAACGCAAAUUGAGUAAAACACAAUUCUUACAGACUAAUAUACAGAACUCUGUUGGUGCAAUCCUGGGCGGUGACCAACCACCGAUGGCCUUACGGUUAUCAGGCCAAUUACUACUUGGGGUGGUUCGUAUAUAUUCACGCAAAGCCAGAUAUUUACUAGAAGACUGUAAUGAGGCAUUGGUGAAGAUCAAACUGGCAUUCACACCAGGUGUAGUGGAUAUGCCCGAAGAGUCGACUGUUGCCAGUUUCCAUGCCAUCACAUUGCCGGAUAACAUCACAGAAUACGAUAUUCUUUUACCCGAACCCGGAUUUAACCUCGCAGCAUGGGAUGACCAGUCACAGACACUUCUUGCGUCAUCCCACCAACCGUCUAAUACUUCCCGUCCGCAAGACAUUACCAUUCGCGACUCAUUCGACAUGUCACUCGAUAUCACCGUUGGCGAUGACUUGCUCGGUGAUGCAUUUGACGAAGACGGUGGCUUAAACUUGGUUCUGAAUUUCGAAGACGAUCUCGACCCUCGAAUAGCUCAAGGGUCGGGUAGCAGUCAUGGUUCACCACGUGCUAUAGACGUCGAAGUCGCUCGACGAGAUGCUACGCAUGGGACGGAAAUGGAAAUUGAAGAUAUCAUCGGUCUAAAUGAUAUGGACAUUGAUAAACAUUUAUUAUCAGAAGACACUAAUUUGAAUCUUGAUGGAGAGAUUAAUCGUGGGUUAGGUGAAUUGGACAGAGAAGGAGAAGUCGGGGUUGAAGAGGGUCAGGAAGGAAACAUUGAACAGCAACUAUUGGAACACAGAACAGAAAACGACGCAGAGAUGGAGGGUGUGGAUGUCAAUGUCUUGAUAGGUGAUCUCGAUCAUGAACUCCAAAUGAGCGAUGAACUUCGACAUCUGAGAUUAGAAGAUGGCACUAGGAAUGUGGACGACUCGGAAGCGCCAGUGUUCGCUCCCGACGCCUCUCCGCGGAAUAAUGAAGAAGAACAAUUCCAAUUCCAAUCACCGGAAGCAGAACCUCAACAAACCAUCACAACAUCGAACCGAAGAAAAAGAAAAAUCCUCGACGAGAUUACGGAACUAUCCAAUAAACACAUAGCAGCGCAGGUUAAGGAUACCUCGGAUAUUAUAACCAAGCCGUCAUUUCUCCCCUCAUCACGUAAACUUUUGCGUUUAAGCGAAAUCCGUAAUUUCGGAAUAUAUUAUUUUUUCGAUUUGACGGCUCCGGCCAAUAUUCUACCCGAGCUGCACCGUCUAUUCUCUCGAAAACGUAUACGAACCCAACCCCCAGCUGAACCAAUCCCUCCUACUGAUAGUAUUCAAACCGAAAGGGACACUCCGGCUGUCGAAACGCCUGCGGAAAACGGUAUUUUAACAGCCAGCGUGGAAGAGGAAUCUGGACAGGUCGAAGGCGGCCAGCAAGGAGAGCAAGCUCUUGGAAAUCAGGGAGAGCAAACUCUUGGUAAUGAUAUGAUGUCUCCAGAUUUUGCACCAGACUUUUUUGAUGAUAAUAUGGAUUCUCCACCGCAAGUUUCUGGUAAUGAUAAUUCUAAUCUGUCACCCGAACACAUGGCUGAUGAUGAAGAUUCUCCUCAAGGCGUAACAAUAUUUGAUCAAGACGAUUCGCAAGAUCAGCAGACAGGCAGCGAGGCGGCAUUUAGCAAGAACACUAUCAAAGCUAUGCGAUUAUUACAGCGUGAAUUUGAGAGAACGUCAAAUGAGAGUGGAAGCCGAAGGUUGAGAGAAAAAGCGACCAUCAGCUAUGAAACUGUUGCUGGAAAGGCUAAGAGACAAGAUGCCGUAAAGCUGUUCUUCGAGUUGUUAGUAUUGAAGACAAAAGAUGUGAUUGAUGUACAGCAGAAGAAAUCCUACGGCGAUAUUGAUAUCCGGCCAAAGGCCAAAAUGUUCGAUACGCUUGCGGCAUCAUCUGUGCGUUAA